AUGGCUGACAAGAUGGAUCGCGGUCUCGAUGAGAUCAUCGCUGAUACUCGCGCCAAUCGACCUCGCAACCACCGUGGCCAAGGUCGCCGACGUGAACCCCGUAAUGACUACCCUCGCGAUGGUGUUAGAAAGUCCGUUCGCGACGAUUCACGAAACCUUGAUAGCGAAUGGGUCCAUGACCGAUUCGAAGAGAACAACAACCGCCGAGCUCCUGCUCCUCGCCGCCGCCGCGAAUCCCCAGACCAGGAGUCCAAGGGCGCCAAGCUCAGAGUUGACAACAUUCACUAUGAUCUCACUGAAGAAGACCUGGAUGAGCUAUUUCGAAGAAUUGGCCCAGUUGUUCGCCUUCAGCUACGGUAUGACCGCGCUGGGCGAUCCGAGGGUACUGCUUACGUGACGUACGAGCUGAAGGAGGACGCUCAGGAGGCGGUCAAGCAGUUUGAUGGUGCCAAUGCCAAUGGUCAACCCAUUCGAUUGACUCUGCUACCCUCGCGAAACCCAUUUGAUACCGCCGUUAUGCCCGGCCGUCCACUGGCAGAGCGAAUCUCGAGUCCGGGGGAACGAAGAUCCCAUUCUCCCCAUCGCCGGUAUGAUGACGACGAUGCUGCCCGCAGAGGAAUCGAUAGAUAUGUUCCCGGUCAGGGUCCUCGUCGCAGCCCAAUGCCUAGACAGGGUGGUCGGGGCCGAGGACAGGGUGGUCGUCGCCCUGGAGCUCGACGCGAUGGCAGAGAUGGGGGCAGAGAUCAGGAGGGCGGACGCGGCGGACGAGGCAACCCUCGUGGAAAGAAGACACAGGAGGAGCUGGAUGCAGAGAUGGCGGAUUACUUUGGCGGCGGUGACAACGCGCAGGCCGCCGAACCUGCUGACCAGCAAGAUGCACCCCCUGCUCAAACACAGGCACCGGCGCAGACUCAAGCUCAAGCUGCGACCGACGAUAUUGACAUGAUCGAGUAG